AUGUAUGUUUGUCGUUUUGCUUCCGUACUGCAACGUUACCCGCACUUCUCUGAAACAUUGAUCAUUCGUCGACUUAUGCCGAAACAUUCACUCGUUACCGUGGAACUGGAAAAGUCGAAACGUACAGCACCUUAUAAGGCGAAAUUUGUGAAUGAGAAAGGAGAGGAAAUAAGUGACUUGCUGGAGAAAAUGUAUGUUGUUCGGAUGAUUUCGAAUAGAUUUCGAGUAUCUGAAUUUGAGGUGGGCAGCUAUUGGGACGUUGUGAGCAAAUAG